AUGUCCCUCGCCCCGCCAUUCACGCACGAGACGGCGAACCUCAAGGUCAAGAAGGCGCAGGAUCUGUGGAACACGCAGAACCCCACCGAGGUGGUCAAGGCGUACACCGACGACUCGAUCUGGCGCAACAGGUCCAUGUUCUUGAAGGGCCACGAGCAGAUCGUCGACUUCCUGACCAAGAAGUGGCAGAAGGAGAAGAACUACCGGCUGCGCAAGGAACUGAACGUUGUGCUGAUUCGGAUGCUCUUCCCGCUUCCUUGGCAGUUCUCCUUUACCGAUAACAAGAUCGCCGUCCAGUUCUGGUACGAGUAUCAGGACGCGCACGACGGCAUGAAGUGGAAGCGUUGCUACGGGCUCGAGGACUGGACCUUCGCGGCCGACGGGCGUAUGCGGAAAAGGCAGAUGAGCGGCAACGACGUCGAGCUGGCCGAGGGCGAGCGCUGGUUUGCGGGCGACGUCGACGUGAACACGGUGGAGAUCGGGGAGGAGCAUUGGUGA